AUGUACCGUAACCGAACGUGCGCCAAGACAGGCCACGACAACGUCGAUGUGAAACUAAAACAGCAAGAGAACAAACAAGGUACAGCCUUGCCAAAGAUCCUUGUCAACUGGAUUAAUUCUGUUAAACAAACCCAGCCAAGUAAAUGCUUGCAAGUUGAGGUAGAUAAGGGCUCCGGAAAUUGCCUUAGAGUAGGAACCGAGUGGCCAUUGCCAGUGGCACAGGGCAAGUGGGUGAUGGAUGGCCUGCUCGCAUGA